AUGUGUUCAAACUUCAAACUUCAAGACAAGAAGUGUUGGUGUUCUUGACCAAGUGAUAGUCGUAUGAGAACUUACGUGUGAAUUAUUUGUUGAAAGUAUAAUUUUAAACUGAUAAUAUAAAACACAAAUAAAACAUGUCGGAAAGAAAAGUGUUGAAUAAAUACUAUCCUCCUGAUUUUGAUCCGUCGAAGAUUCCCCGCAUGAAAUUGGCAAAAAAUCGCCAAUAUACAGUCCGUCUUAUGGCCCCUUUUAACAUGCGAUGUGCCACUUGUGGGGAGUACAUUUAUAAAGGAAAAAAAUUCAACGCUCGUAAGGAGGAUGUAGAAAAUGAAGAUUAUUUGGGUAUACGGAUAUAUAGGUUUUAUAUUAAAUGCACAAGGUGUCUUCAAGAGAUUUCAUUUAAAACUGACCCUAAAAACACAGAUUAUGAAAUAGAGGCUGGUGCUACUAGAAAUUUCAUGGCUUUGAAAUUAGCAGAGGAGCAAGCUAAGCGAGAGGAAGAAGAACAGAAGGAGGAGGAAGCUAAUAAUCCCAUGAAACUUUUAGAAUACAGAACGGAGCAAUCGAGACAAGAAAUCGAGUUGUUGGAAAGCCUAGAAGAGUUGAAGGAGUUAAAUCGGAGACAGAGGACUGUUGAUUAUGAAGGAAUGUUGAAACAAUAUCAGCCAGAGACAACUGAACAGAGGAAAGCUAGAGAGGAACAAGAAGACAAUGAAUUUAUAAGAUCCGUCAAAUUCACCAACACAAAACCGAAAGUAGUUGCAGAAGAAAUAAUUGAAGAUGUGGAAGAACCAGCAGCAAAACAUAUAAAGAUAGAAGAUCCGCCGCCAAAGCCUCAAGGAAAAACAGAAUCUUGGAACAGGAGUAUCGGAGUUAUUACAAAGAAAAAUCCCUUAGCAAAUCUCGUGAGAAGUAAAAAGGCAGAUGCGAGUGAAGCGAACUCCACAGCUUCGAGCAGUGAAAAGGUGCCAGAGAGUAAACCUUCCGGUCUCUCCCUGUUGGCUGAUUACUCUGGGAGUGAUAGCGAUACAUAGUCACAUUUUACGAACAAUUAAAAUAACAAUGAACAUCUAAUGACUCUCAAUCGUGAGGUCGUGCGUUCGCCUUAUGAACACAGCUGAAGAAAGCGGACCGUCUUUGAGACCCUGUACGAAAGCAUUUGAUUAGUACAAUAAAUAAUUUAUAAAG